AGAAGACCGGGUAGACUUGGUAACAGAGGAGGCUGCUCUCAUGAACAUCCGAGAGCAGCUCCAUGCCCGAGAAAAGGACGAGGCGCAGCAGCUCGAGUUCCUGCACGCCAUCUACCCCGCGUGCCUCGCUGCCCAGCAGAGAGGGGACUACACAAUGGAGCCACACUGCUCGAAGGCGGCUGUGGUGGAGAGGAUUGUGGAGCUCAUUGAGGAGAUUCCUCCUAACUCUCCACCCGACGCCGUCCUGGCCAACUCCCUCAUUGCUGUGGCCAACCUCAGCACCAUAACACCUGCCCUGGAGCCGGAGCUGGAGACCCACCUCCUCCGAUCCACCCUCCACGCUGUCUUCACCCUGGGCACGCAGAUGGACACCAACCAAGUCCAGGAUCUGCAUAGGGUCAUACCAGACCUCCUGGACGCCAUGCUGGAGAACCUGCUGGCAAAGACGCCAGACACGGACAAGCUCCACUACAUCUUGCAGCACAUUAACUACUGGACCGUGUCCAGGGUGCCACGAGAGAGAGCCAGGGCCAUCAGGAGCAGCGCGGCCCUGCUCACGUCCGUCAUCACCCUCCCUGACUUUGACAACUCAGCCGAAUUCCCCAGGAUGGGCCACCACGUGGCACAGCUGGCUCUGUUCGUCGGUGACCCAGACGAGGACAUCAGCCGGGAGGCCAGGGAGGGGGUUUACCGGCUCUACCAGCUUCUGCUGCGCCAGAGGGACCUGAACGUCCAUGAGGUCGAAGACCUUUGGUGCUGGGACUGGCACCAGGACAGCAGGCUCCUCGGCUAUAAGAACACCGCCAGGGUGGGGGAGGUUUUUGCCAAAUUUUUCUCAGAGGGGCAGAGAAGCUUCUUCCUGCAGACAGCAGUGCUGGCCAUGCACGACCCCCUGCUGCGUGUCAGCCAGGCUGGGCUGCUCCUCACUUACUCCCUCCUGGGGCAACUGGCCACCGGGGCCUCUGGUAGACGCUGCUGCAACUGA